AUGGAAAACCAGAGGAAGAGGAAGCGAGAGGGUGAUGAUGGUAGAGACAAACAGGAUUCAACCCCGGUUGUCAUUGGUUAUGAUGGUAUUGAUAAAGGGAACCUAGCGAAGAGCAGGCCGUCGGCUAUGCCCUCACACUCUAGAAUCGCCUCUUGCUCAGAACCUUCAUCUGCAAUACCCUGGCCUGAGGAGUUUAAAGCCCUGAGCAGGAUUCAUCGGGCGCUGAAUGUCGUGUAUACCUUCUGCUGCACUCGUCAGCAUUACACCACGACGUUUAAGAAAAUAAGAAGCUCUGUUGAGUCUCAAACUGGCGGCCGACCGCUUACUGUUGAAGAUGUUGCCAGAGUAAGGUUUCUCAUUCCACACUCUGUCAGGUUUGAACUUUCAGAUACAGGUGUGACCAGUAUUAUGGGAGUGAAAGAGGUCAGGAUAAAGAAAACCUCCGAGAUAUGGAACGACUGGGAGGUGGAGGGAAUGGGUUUAAAUGCUAAAGAUGGCGAACGACCACCUCCUGAUACUGAACUUCUUUUCGAAUUUGUGGACGGAGACCUCAAGCCCGAGUCACAGCCAGGUGUAGGCCUAGGUGGUUACGAAGAUAUUAGAACGCCAGUCUAUAGCCAAAAGAAAAUGACUGCAUUGAUUGAGAAGAGGAACAAGAAAUUUUCCGUCGCUAUUGAUACCUUUUUAGCCAGCUGUCGGGACGAUAACGUGGACCCAGUGCAGCGCCUAGAAGCAGGAAAAGAUUUAUACAUGCCUCUAUCCCCCGAUAGUGGAUGCAACAUACCCACCGCCGCAAAAAUUCCAGCACAGAUACCCAAGACAAGACAAAGCAUUGCGGACAUAAUAUCUGAUAUCAAAAGGGAGACCUGGUAUUGUAAUCAGAUUGUAAAUGGCGGGUAUCGUAUAUUCGACGCUAAAAUGCCAGCCUAUGGAGAUUUAAAUUUCCUUCUUUCACAGAACCUGGUUAAUGCACUGUACAACACUCGGGGGAUUACACAGUUCUACUCUCAUCAGGCAAAAGCCAUAAAUGACCUCCAUGAUGGCCACAAUGUCAUUGUUUCUACAUCCACAAGUUCGGGGAAGUCCCUCAUAUACCAGGUGCCUAUGCUUCACGAGCUUGAGGAAAAUCCACACAGUAGAGGGAUGUAUAUUUUUCCAACAAAGGCACUAGCGCAAGACCAACGACGAAGUAUGCUUGACAUGCUGCAGUACAUGGAAGGCAUGGAACAUAUUAUGGUAGAAACAUUUGAUGGUGACACGCCAAUCACAAGUCGCAAUUCAAUCCGUGAAGAGGCGAGAAUUAUCUUCACAAACCCUGACAUACUCCAUAUGACUAUUCUACCACACGAGUCGCUGUGGAGGACCUUUUUGAAAAAUUUGAAGUACGUUGUUGUUGAUGAGCUUCACGUCUACAAUGGGCUAUUCGGGACCCAUGUUGCUCUCAUCAUGCGUCGCUUGAGAAGGAUAUGUGCUUCGAUAGGGAAUUCUGAUAUAAAAUUUAUAUCAUGCUCUGCAACUGUGGCAAAUCCAGAAGAGCAUAUGAAGGCUAUUUUCGGCGUCGACGAAGUGAAAUUGACUGAUAUCGACGGAUCGCCCUCAGGACGAAAGGAGUUCCUUUGCUGGCAGCCACCAUACAAGGAUCCUAAUGAUGCUAGCUCCGGCCGUGGAAGCAGUAUUGAUGAAUCAGCUAAGAUCUUUUGCCAACUUAUUCUACGUGGAGUACGAGUCAUUGCAUUUUGUCGUAUUCGCAAACAAUGUGAAUAUCUGUUAAAUACGGUCAAGAACGAAUUCCGUACGCUUGAUAGGGCAGAUGUGUCUCGCUUCGUGAUGGGCUACCGAGGAGGUUACAGUCCACAGGAUAGACGGAAAAUUGAACGCGAAAUGUUUGAGGGCAAGUUGCUUGGAAUUGUGGCAACAAAUGCACUGGAGCUUGGUGUUGAUAUUGGAUCGUUGGAUGCAGUAAUUACGCAUGAAUUUCCUCAUUCAAUAUCCAAUUUUAGACAACAAAGUGGGCGGGCAGGGAGGAGAAAUAAAGACUCUCUGUCGAUCUUGGUUGCUGGUCGGAGCGCAGCAGACCAACACUAUAUGAAUAACCCCGACGAUCUCUUCACAAAGCCCAAUUGUGGGCUACUUGUUGAUCUAGAGAAUGAGCUUGUCCUUGAAGGUCAUAUUCAGUGUGCCGCCUUCGAAAUGCCUAUUCGCCCGGAGAACGACUCUGCAUAUUUCGGGUCACAGCUGGCGCACCUUGCAGCUACUCGGCUCAUAAAGGACGAUAUGGGGUUCUAUCAUUGUCAUGAAAGAUUUAGACCUAACCCCUCAAAAUUCGUUUCGAUUAGAAGCAUCGACGAGGGGAACUAUGCCAUCAUAGACACCACCAACAACAGAAAUAUUGUUAUUGAAGAGAUUGAGGAUGCUCGUGUUUUCUUCACUGUCUAUGAGGGCGCCAUAUAUUUUCAUCAGGGAAACACCUACCUCGUGAAAGAGCUUAAUACAAUUAAACGGUUUGCAAGAGUGGUUCGUGUACAUGUCGACUGGAUCACCGAACAACGGGACUUUACAAAUGUUGACCCUAUUGAAACUGAGGCAAUCAGGCGUAUUAGCAGAUUAUCCGACUAUAGGGCAUUCUUUGGAAAAAUUGCUAUUCACACAUUAGUAUACGGAUAUUUCAAGAAAGACAAGAAGGGUCGAAUACUUGACGCUGUGGCCCUUGAUAAUCCUCCUAUUGACAAACUGAGCAAGGGUCUAUGGUUGGAUGUGCCAAAGACUGCAUUAGAAAUCCUCUCAUCCCAUAAUUUGAAUGCUGCAGCUGCUAUACAUGCAGCGGAGCAUGCAAUCAUGUCACUUCUCCCAACAUUCCUGAUAUCCUCGCCUGGAGACAUUCGAACGGAGUGCAAAGUCGCAAAGAAAGAACUAGGGCCAAAACAUCAGCAGGCAGCAGGAGGGUCUAACCGUGAUCAAGAUUCAAGGGCACGAAACCACUUCUUCCACCCCCUUACACCCCCCGCGCCCCGUCGCCAGAGACAGGCACGGCUUGUUUUCUACGAUGCAAAAGGAGGUACAUCUGGUUCUGGAAUUACCUCCAAGGCCUUCGAAUUUAUAGAUACCCUUCUUGUUCGUGCUAACUCCCGCAUCGAUACAUGCGCAUGCACAGCCGCUCAAGGUUGUGUAGAGUGCGUUUGCAAUGAGCUUUGUCCUGAAAUGAACCUUGUUAUCAGCAAGGCAGGUGCUUCUGUGAUCUUGAAAUGUCUUCUUGGUCUAAAGGUUGAUGUUGAUUCUUUACCAUGGGGAACAGAAUUUGAUCGAGGUUAUGAACCUGGGACUGGAAGCGAGUUGGCGCAAGGUCUGGAGACCGUCAUUGAAGCUGUUGAAGUUGCUGGAGGUUCUGGGAAAAAAAUUAGGAUAUAUGACCUUGAUGAAUAA